UGCCCAAUGCGCAGGUUGGAUCGCAAUUUUUGCGCCGGCGCAGACUUCGAUCACGUGGCGCGGAUAUUGACAAUUGCGUUCGUUUAUUGUUGUGACUGUUAAAAUGUAUUUACUCGUGUUAUUUUAAUAAGCUCAGACAGCAUCAUCAUCAAAAUUUUGGCGGGAAAAUAAUUAUAAAAACGUGACGAUGUUCAAAUUAUCUCAUCCACUACGUCUAGUGGGUCGUGUGUUCCCGAUAGUGCGGUGGUCGAGGAGUUAUGACCUGCGGACGGGCAUCGGCGACCUAAUAGCUGGUAUUACAAUCGCUCUAACAUUAAUACCACAGUCGAUAGCGUACGCCUCGCUCGCCGGAUUCGAGCCUCAGUAUGGAUUAUACGCUUCGUUCGCCGGCGGCUUUGUCUACGCAAUAAUGGGUACAUGCCCUCAAAUAAACAUCGGGCCCACCGCUCUGCUCUCGCUACUCACGUUCACGUACACCAGCGGAACUAAUCCGGACUUUGCUGUACUUUUGUGUUUUAUAGGCGGCAUUGUCACUUUGGUCGCUGGGAUUGCGCAACUCGGAUUCUUAGUUGACUUCGUAUCUCUGCCAGUGGUGUCUGGUUUCACAUCAGCAGCGGCCAUAACGAUAGCUUCAUCACAAAUUAAGGGACUCCUCGGGCUGAAGUUCAAUGCGGAAUCAUUUAAGGCGACGUGGGAAGGUGUUAUCCAUCAUAUUGGAGACACGCGUAUGCAAGACACGCUACUUGGUCUUGCUUGUUGCAUUGUGCUGAUGGGAAUGAAGGCAAUGAAGGACAUCCGUUUAAAGGAGCCAGAAGACGACAAAGGCCGUCGCAGCGCUAAAAUAAUUCAAAGGGCUCUAUGGUUCGUGGGCGUUUCGAGGAAUGCUGUAGUAGUGGUCAUUGCUUCUGUCAUCGCUUUCCUUGUCUAUGAGGAUAAAAAUUUUCCUUUAAUGCUUACUGGUUCAAUUACCCCGGGACUGCCGACACCUCAGUUGCCGCCCUUCCACAGCACUGUUGGUAAUGCAACAGCUUCAGCAGGAGAAAUGCUGGCACAUCUCGGCUCAGGAUUGAUCGUGGUACCAGUAGUUGGUAUCAUAUCCAAUGUUGCCAUCGCAAAGGCUUUUUCCAAAGGCAAAACGUUGGACGCAACUCAAGAAAUUGUCACUUUAGGAGUUUGCAACAUAAUAAGCGCUUUCUUCCGAUCGUACCCUGUGAACGGGUCGUUUACCAGAAGCGCUGUAAGCGAUGCAUCGGGCGUGAGGACACCGGCGGCGGGUUUCUACACCGGUAUAAUUGUGCUGUUAACCUUGGCUCUGCUGACGCCGUAUUUCUAUUUCAUCCCGCGUGCCGCGCUGUCUGCGGUCAUCAUAUGCGCGGUACUACAUAUGGUUGACAUCGCUAUCAUUAAGAAGUUAUGGGCUACAAGCAGAUUGGAUCUUAUACCACUGGUCGGGACGUUCAUAUGCGGUUUAGCUUUGGGUGUUGAAGUCGGCUUGGUUUGUGGCGUUGCUGUUGAUAUAUUAUUACUCCUCUAUUAUCACUCUCGUCCUCCUCUUGAAGUAGAAUUAGUAGAUGAUGGAACUAUUAUACCUCAUUACGCAGUCCGUCCAAUCGGAGGACUACAUUUCGCGGGCGCUGAACGAUUACGUGCAAGACUGGUGGCUCUGAAAUAUUCAAAGAGUUUGCAACCACAGACCAUAGACACGAUACAUGUUACAUCCGACGGCGACGAAAUGCGGAUCACAGUACCAAAUGGCAUCAGCGGGACUAUUGUAAAACCAUUAAAAGUAUUAGUUAUACAUUGUGACGCUCUAUCAAGGAUGGACUACACAUUCCUAGAGAGUAUGAAGAUGCUGGUAUCAGACUGGUCACGCGAGGGCUGCGUGAUCUGGUGCGACGCGAAGCCCGCGGUACAGGAACAGUUAAAUACGGUACUACAGCAGCCCAUAUUCUGCAGUUUGGAUCAACUCAGUACGAUAUUAACAAGAAAUUUCGCGAUAGAUACACAAGUGAACAAUAUUUGCAGUGAUACACCGUUAUGAGAUCGGUAAUACGUUCCUAAAGAUUCACGGUUUAAUAAACUUCAAUGUCAUCUUGUUAAUGACUUAGGGUGUGUCCGACCAAAUUGUAAUUUGUCUGAAAACAAUUGAACGUGUAAAAUGUGUGAUGGAAAUGUCGGAUUUUGUUCCAUUAUCUGACAGUGAUGUAAUUUGUAAGCUACCUGAGAAUCUAUCAGCCACUGGUGGGACAGGCCUGUAUACAUUUAAAUACCUUACUAGUUAACUGUUGAACAUACACGUUUUAGAGUAAUUUUGAGGUACUUUAGCUCAAACUAUGACGUAUUAACUUUCCUAAUAUUCUAUCAAGGCACUUGUAAAUGAGAUUUCCAUAAAAUACACUACUCAAGCAACGUGUAAAGAUAUUCUAUUUAUAAAAAAUUUCACAGACAAUUUUUGUAAUAAAUUUUGUCUUCAAUAAGUCGAGGGAAAUAAGGCAAUAACAAACAAUAACAUUAUUGAGGUGAACUCAAGUAAAAAGAUUGGAUUUAUACAUUUAGAAUCGAUGUACAAGUAUUAGAUAAAGCACUUCAAAAUCGAUUCCAUUAAUAGUAUAGUUUGUUUCACGAUUUUAUUGCAUUAAAAAUAAUGAUCAUCCAUAUA